GAAAAAUUGGAAGUGGAAGAAGAGGAUGCCCGUAUCAGGAGAAUAGAAGCCGUAAUGCACAAGCUCAAUGCUACUGCGUCCGACCCUAGGCCUGUAGCGACCGCUGCCAAGCCGUUUGACUUCGGUGAAAGACGAACAUUUGCAGUGGAUCCCCCGAGCGAACUUCUAUCUCGCGUACAAGCGUUCCUACCUCAGAUAGAGGCAUCAAAUGCUAUUUUGACGCAGCGUGUUGAGUUAGAUCCGAAAAGUGUUGACAUUGAACAUAUCACAGAGGGGAUGGAGCAGUACAUUGAAAUGAACCUAGGUCUCGGUGUCUUCGAGCAUCGUAAAGAUGUCCAAUCCCAACCGCAGGAUCUU